AUGUCGUCCAUUACCCCCACCGUCAAACCCAUGAAAGAAUCAGAAGGGAAGGAACAAUAUCUAUCAGAGAUACAGAAAAUCCUAGAAGCGGCCUCAGCCCCAAUAAAACCCAUUGACCACAUCUGGACCAGCAUCUUCCUUGGAAACGCCUACGUCACCCAUGUCCUGCGCGUGGCCGAAGAGGCUGUGAAUAACCAAGUAGACCCGGCGGUGUACACCGGACUGCAUAUGAACUACAAAGGGUUCAAGGUUCUCGAUGACCCAUCUUUUGACAUCAGCUCCUUCUUAGAACCAACGAAGGUGUGUCCUCUCAUGGUAGAGUUCUGGUUUUCUGCCCAAAGAGUGUCAACUUACUUGAUGCUGUACUACAAAAUGUCUCUCAAGGAAGCUGUCUACACCGUCAUCGCCCAUCAGAGCAUCAACCCCAACGUAGGGUUCCUGUACCACCUCUAUAAUCAGGACCAGCAGUUGAGUCAGCAGAGAGCAAAGAAAAAUGCAUAA